GAGAGAGAGACAGAGAGAGAGAAAGGGGGGGAGAUAGGAAGAGAGAAGAUCGAGGGAUAUUAUCUGAGCUGCCGGGAGACAACGUUCUCAUGGCUGCACAUAGAGGUCUUCUCUCUUCUGCUCAGAAGCCUCAAAAGCAGAUCACAGACACGGGGGGUGCAGGUAGCAAGAAGCUUUACUGAGGACAGAAAAACUACAUAAAACGAACUGGCAGAGUGCAAGGCAGGUAAUGUACAAAAGCACAACACUAAUGAGCGAUGCAGGACAGGUGCGAAGCUGGUUCGAGGGCUGGAGCAGCGAAGCUAGAGAAAUGGGCUAGGGGUAAAACCCGGACUGGAACAGACCUGGAAAACAGGCAAGAACAAGUGACAGACAGAGAAACAGGGAGUAGCAGAGGUCAACAGGAGAAACUAGCUAAAUCCCUGACUUGAUCUUCACCCUCUCUCUUCUCCCUGCAAAACAACUAUUUUAUUCUCUCCCUCUAUUCUCUCCUUUGCCUCGGUGUCUGUAUAGCUGGUUUUGAGUGUGUGUUUGCAGUAUGAGGCAGUUUUACAGUGGGGAGGCAGAGAUGAAAGGAAAGAACCCCUGGCAUCGACCAGUGACCAUCCUCAUCGCUGUCCUCGGCGUCAUAGCGAUCGUUGCCCUGGUGACGGUGACAGUGAUGCAGAACCAGCCUCUCCACCAGAAGUACAAGUAUGGCAUUGUGCUGGAUGCUGGCUCGUCCCACACAGCAAUGUAUAUCUACCAGUGGCCCGCAGAGAAGGACAACGACACAGGGAGAGUCCAGCAGACCCACGCCUGCAAGGUCAAUGGCCCUGGGAUCUCCAGCUACUCGUCGUCUCCGAGCCAGGCCGGGGACUCUUUGAGGAAGUGUCUUCAGGAGGCUGAGCGCCACGUGCCCCUCAGCAGGCACCAGGAGACCCCGCUGUACCUGGGGGCUACCGCCGGCAUGAGGCUGCUCAGGAAAGAGAACCGGAGUGCGUCGAGUGAGGUGUUUACGGCAGUGGAGAGGGAGUUGCAAAUGUUCCCCUUCUCCUUCCAGGGAGCUAGGAUCCUCACAGGUCUGGAGGAAGGAGCCUUCGGCUGGGUCACUGUCAACUACCUCGAUGAUCGCCUCCGACAGGGCUUGGGAACUAGAGGAGCUCUUGACCUGGGCGGAGCCUCCACACAGAUCAGUUUUGUGUCCAAUCAGGAAGUGGAGUCAUCGGAAAACGCUGUGGCCUUUCGUCUCUAUGGAAACGACUACCACCUGUACACUCAUAGCUUCCUUUGUUAUGGUAAAGACCAGGUGCUAAAACUAGCCCUGGUCCAGCUCACGGAGUCAGGUGAAAGGCAAGUAUCAGACCCAUGUUUCCACCCAGGCUACAGCGUUACUAAGGAAUACUCAGCUGUGUACAAAAGCCCCUGUGUGACAGCCAGGAAACCAAAGGAAAUCAAUUUCACCCACGUCGGAACAGGAAAUGCAUCAAAAUGCCAGGAAGUGGUCAGAAGAGUCUUUGAGUUUGGCAGAUGCAACUUCAGCUCCUGCUCCUUCAACAAGGUCUACCAGCCACCCUUGAGAGGAACCUUUGGGGCCUUCUCAGCCUUCUACUUUGUGAUGAACUUCCUGAAUCUGACCUCUGACCCUUUGGAGAGAGUCAAGGAGAAACUAGAGCGCUACUGUGCUACACCCUGGACACAGUUAAAGCAGGAUCAUCCAGAUAUCAAGGAGAAGUACCUGGCUGAGUACUGUUUCUCUGGGACCUACAUUGUCACCUUGUUGACGGAAGGCUACAACUUUACGUCGGAAAGCUGGAACGACAUCAAAUUCAUUAAGAAGAUAUCAGGGAGUGACGCUGGCUGGACGUUGGGCUACAUGCUGAACCUGACCAACAUGGUCCCAGCAGAGGCGCCUGACACGCCCCCUCUCCCCUACGCAGGCUUCGUCACCAUAGUGACCUUCAUCGCCUUGCUGCUUGUCUUUCUUCUGGUCCUCAGUCUUCACUCCUACUGGCCACGCUGUCGCCCCGCCCAGACACGGAUCAUAUGAACACUCCAUCAUGCUCUGUAUAGCAGCCAUAUACUGUAUGUACCGUGUGUGUGUGUGUGUGUGUGUGUGAGCGAGUAGGAGAGAGAGGGAGACAGAAAGAAUUUGUGUUUGACUUGGGACAUGAGAAUAUGAUGUUAAUACAAUCAUGUUUAUAAGAAAGGACACUGAUUACUGAAACUCCGACCGAUUCCUCCUCAGCUGCCAUCAUUUAUUGACAAUGUAUUGAAUGCUGGAUGAUUCCUCCAUAUUUGUAAUGUAACUGUCAAUGGAGACAAGCUGAUUUCGAGCACAGAAUGCAUGCUUUAAGACUAUUCAAUGGUCAGUGUUCAUCAUGAUCGCCAAUGGAGAUGGCGAGUCUACGCACACACACACACGUCAGUAACAUACUGACCUCUGGUGGUGAGAGGCGGGACGCCAGUUCUGCAUACUGUAGGUCAGUACACCGUUUUUAAAUCAUCUCAUUAAUAAGACUAACCAACAAACUGGAAGUAAGGUGAGACUCAAGCUAUUCCUCCUUUAAAUCCCCUUACAUGCAUAAGCUCAUUAUGCACAGGGCCAAUGGAAUAUGUAAAUACCUCUGUAGCUUUAUGAAGAACGUAAUUUGACAUGUAAAGUCUAAGAUUAUCUUUCGGGGGGGAUUGUGCCCCUUGGGUUUUGACUCAAACAGGAAGCCACAGCCUAAGUUUCCCUCCAUUUGAGACCAAAGCCCUUCCUUUGUGUCAAAGAUACAGGUCUUAUUUGAAAGGAAUAAAGGAGAAAAAUACAAA